GUUAAUGAAAAAAUGAUAAAAACAUUUACAAUAAUAGCAUUUUUUUCUAAAUUUAUAGAAAUACUUGGAUUUAUUUGUCAAUAUUGGAAUAUUGAUAUAUUUUUUAUCGAUUGGGAACAACCAAAAAUAAUAAAUAAUCAAUGUAAACACGAUUUUCCAUAUUUAUCUAUAAAUGAGUUUUAUAUCAAUAAAUUUUCUAAAAAUAAAUUCAAACAUUUUCACAUGACAUCAGAAAUAAUAACAGCCAAACGCAAAAAAAUAUUAUAUAAAUUAAAGAAAUAUGAGAAUCCUAAGAAUUUUAAUAAAUCUUUUUCAGUUGACAAACAAAAAAUUGAUAUUUCAACUGAAAAUUCAAUAUCAAAAAUUUCUACUCAAAUAAUGAAUAAAGAUAGCAAUUUUGGUAAUUUACCUAUUAGUAUUUGGAGAACAUAUUUCAUUGCAAAUAAAUGGUUAAACCUUCAAACAAAAAGAAAAAUAAAUAUUAUGAUACAAUUACUUGCUGUUCUAUGUAUUUUUCAGAUAAUACAAUUGUGUCCAUGGAUUAUUGGAAUACCAGAAUUAACAUCUAUAUUGUUUGAAAACAAUUAUGAUUUUAUUUUAUACUACACAAUAUGUACCUUAAUAUAUAUUUUAAUUUAUUGUAUUCACUGGUUGGUAUCUGUAUUUUUUGAACAAUGUAUUACAAACAGAAUGCAAGAAUUUGUAAAUCUAUGUUCAAUUGCAAAUAUUAGUAUAUUUAUUUUACCAUUUAAUUAUUAUGGUUUCUAUAUUCAUGGAAGAUCAGUACAUGGAUUUGCAGAUACAGACUUACCUACUUUAAUUAAUAACUUGCAAAUGGAAAAAAAUAAUUUAUGUGCACACAGAGGUCUUGUUCCAGGCACAACUCAACAAACAUUUAUAUUAUAUUUAACAAAAACUUUCAGGAUUACGUUCAACAAAAACUUGAAACUGACAAAAAUUAAACGACAUAAUUUUAUAAAUAAAUUCUAUUCUGCAUCUACAAAUUGGGAAUAUAUAUUUAAUAAUCAAUUAAAAAUAAAACAGUUCUUAUGUAAGUUUAUAGAUCAUUGCAUAAAAGAUGAGGAUUAUUUUAUUAAAGAACAGCAUUUUUUAGACAAAUUAUUCAAUAUAUUUUCUUACAAUGAAGAGAAAUCAACUUUCUAUAUCGAUAAUAAUUAUUCUUUUAAUCAAGUGUUAUUAUAUGGAAAUGAAUGGUUAUUUGCAACAUUUGAAAUUUCAAUAUUUACUCUCAUCAUUGUAUUGUGUAAUAAUAGCACAUUAGCUAUUGUAGUAACAAUAUUAGUAUCAACACUGUUAACUCUAAUAAUGAAACAUAAUGGUAAAAAAAAUGUAAGUAAUAAUAUAUUAUUAAAUAGAAUAUUUUUUACAUAAAUAAUUAAUGUAUUAUAUACAUAAUAUAAUAUUAUUAAAGAUAUUGCAUU